AGCAGGCGGCUCUGCGCUCGCACUCCGGCUCGGCAGCCCCACCGCGCUCCCGCCUCGCCGCUCCCGCCGCAGCCCCAGGGCCCCUCACCGCCGCCACCAUGGACGCCAUCAAGAAGAAGAUGCAAAUGCUGAAGCUCGACAAGGAGAACGCCUUGGAUCGAGCGGAGCAGGCAGAGGCCGAUAAGAAGGCGGCUGAGGACAGGAGCAAACAGCUGGAAGAUGAGCUAGUGUCGCUGCAAAAGAAACUCAAGGGCACCGAAGAUGAACUGGACAAAUACUCCGAGGCUCUCAAAGAUGCCCAGGAGAAGCUGGAGCUGGCGGAGAAAAAGGCCACCGACGCUGAAGCCGAUGUGGCCUCUCUGAACAGACGCAUCCAGCUGGUUGAGGAAGAGCUGGAUCGUGCCCAGGAGCGUCUGGCCACAGCCCUGCAGAAGCUGGAGGAAGCCGAGAAGGCAGCAGAUGAGAGCGAGAGAGGCAUGAAAGUUAUUGAGAGCCGAGCCCAAAAGGAUGAAGAGAAAAUGGAAAUUCAGGAGAUCCAACUGAAAGAGGCCAAGCACAUUGCUGAAGAUGCCGACCGCAAGUAUGAAGAGGUGGCCCGUAAGCUGGUCAUCAUUGAGAGUGACUUGGAACGUGCAGAGGAACGGGCUGAGCUCUCAGAAGGCAAAUGUGCCGAGCUUGAAGAAGAAUUGAAAACUGUGACGAACAACUUGAAGUCACUGGAGGCUCAGGCUGAGAAGUACUCACAGAAGGAAGACAAAUAUGAGGAAGAGAUCAAGGUCCUUUCUGACAAGCUGAAGGAGGCUGAGACUCGGGCUGAAUUUGCAGAGAGGUCAGUAACUAAAUUGGAGAAAAGCAUUGAUGACUUAGAAGAUCAACUCUACCAGCAACUUGAGCAAAACCGCCGCCUAACUAACCAACUAAAGCUGGCCCUGAAUGAGGAUUAAACUUAAAUGGGAAAGAACUGGGGCUGAAUUCUAGGAGUGGAGCCCUGGGCAGGAAACCUCAGACUGUCGUACCUCCAACUAAUAGGGUUGAAAACAGUGGCUUUCUGCAGAAGUGUACGAAAGCAGAGGGAAGCAGCUGAAAGGCUGGCCUCGCCUGCAUUAUCUUCUUCUAUCUCGAGUAUUAAGUUCUCUUUAAUCUCAAAACAGCUUUUAUGGUAAAAAUACAUAUGUAUAUGGAUAAAUAUUUAUAACGAUCAAUUCAGCACUCCUCUUUGCAACAGCAGGUCCUCUUGUUUGAACCGAAAUAUAAUGAGAACCAAAAAAAAAAUGUUUUCUAUUUCCUACAGAGAACUGAGUCCUGCUUUAAGUUAGAAAGCCAAAGCAGGGGGGGUGUGUAUAUAUAAUAUAUAUAUAUAUAGUUAUAUAUAUAUAUUAUAUAUGGGGUAUGGUAUAUAAUAUAUAUAUUUCUAUUACAUAUUCAUAUUCCUAAGAUCUUAAUACCUGGUAUAGUGUUUGAAAUAUGGUUAAAUGUACCUAUGCUUGGGCAGAAUAGCUUUUGAAAACAGGAGCUCAUGUCAGAAGGCCCUGGUUGAAAGGUAUGCUUUGAUUCCGUCUGAUGGUGAUGUUGGAGUCUGGUGAGACUGUCAUGCUAAUGAUAAAUAGAACACUUUAAGAGUAGCAAGGGGAUGUCGUACUAAGUGUGCAUGAAAUGUUGAUCCUUUUUUUUAAUGAGCAACAGAAAUAAGUGAUUUCAAACGCUGUCAGAAAACCAUUUACAUCAUCUUUGUUUUCUGCGAGAUUGUGCCACAGCACUUCUCUCAGACUUUUCACUGCCUGUGACUCAGAAAUGUCUGCUGUUAUUAACUCCAUGCUGCAAGCAC